AUGGCCAACACCCAGGUUAUUCCUGAAGGCGGUACCUGGUUUGAUACUCUCAAGAGGGGCUUUGAUGCCGUCCCUGUCGCCGACGAUAACGCGAUUUCAACCUCCGAGUUCCUCGAAGCCGCUGAGUCUUUGACUACGCUCUUUGUUGCCUUCACUCCAGUGAAAAAUGACCUUCUGGGCAACAUCAAGAAAAUCAGAGAUAGACAGCUUGCGGCACCCGCAGAAUCAGAAACUCUGCAAGCCCUCGUUCUUAAUGAAAUAAAAGCUAAAAAGAACACUGCUAGUGUUGGUUUCCUUUGGCUUGUCCGGGGUCUUGACUUCACUGCUAAAGCCCUUCGCCAUAAUAUAUCCUUUCCUAAUGACGAAUUGUCCACUUCAUUCCGUGCAGCUUACGGUGACACCCUGAAACCACACCACAAUUUCCUCGUGAAACCUAUUUUUGUCGCCGCCAUGGGAGCAACCCCCUAUCGCAAGGAUUUCUAUGCUAAACUGGGAAAUGAUACUGCCAAGUGCCAGGCAGCUCUGGAGCUGUCUACAGCUUCGUUGGAGAAAAUUGUGUCCAUCCUUAAGGAAUUCCUGGAGACACCAGAGGUGAAGAAAGCGUGUUCAUAG